AUCAACAAAUUCAGGAAUUGAAGGAAAAAGUGAGGACGAUGCUAAUGGCUCCAAGUGAAGAGUCUUCACUAAAACUGAACUUGAUUGAUGCAAUUCAGCGCUUAGGCGUGUCUUACCAUUUUGAAAAUGAGAUUCAAGAAAUUUUGCAACAAUUGCACAAGAGUACUCUUCAUGACUCUCAUGACCAUGAAGAUGAUGAUGAUGACGACCUUUACACUGUUGCUCUUCGGUUUCGGUUACAGCUGAGACAACAUGGUUAUAAUAUUUUGUCUGACGAGUUCGCCAAGUUCAAGGACAACAAAGGGAAUUUCAAGGAAUCGCUUAUCAAUGAUGCGCAAGGAAUGUUAAGCUUGUACGAAGCCGCACAUCUCAGAGUGCAUGGGGAAGAUAUGCUUGACGAAGCACUUGUCUUCACUGCCACACAUCUUAAGUCAGUAGGAUCCCACUUGAGCCCUCCUCUUGCAGCACAAGUAAGCCAUGUCUUAAAGCAGCCAAUUCGCAAAGGAAUGCCAAGGUUGGAGGCAACUCAUUACUUUUCUAUCUACCAACAAGAAGCUUCACAUAAUAAAGUCCUUCUUACCUUCGCAAAGUUGGAUUUCAACAUAUUGCAGAAAUUGCACCAGAAAGAACUUUUUGAAAUUUCAAGGUGGUGGAAAGACUUAAACUUUUCAAAGGAGCUACCCUUUGCAAGAGACAGAGUGGUUGAGUGCUACUUCUGGAUAGUGGGAGUGUACUUUGAGCCCGAAUAUCUUCUUGCUAAAAGGAUUCUAACCAAAGUGCUAGCCAUGACCUCUGUUAUUGAUGACAUUUAUGAUGUGUACGGGGCACUUGAAGAACUUGAGCUCUUUACUGAAGCAAUCGAGAGGUGGGAUAUUGGUGCCAUAGAUCAACUUCCGGAGUACAUGAAAGUGUGUUACCGGGCACUUCUAGACGUUUACUGUGAAAUGGAUCAAAAAGUAGGUGAAGAAAGAUCAUACCGUGUUAGAUAUGUAAGAGAAGCAAUGAAGAAUCAAAUUAGAGCCUACCUCCAUGAAGCCAAAUGGUUCUACUAG